UCCUUGCUGUUAACAUUAAAGCCUUUGUGCUUAACAUUUCACAAGGAAUCAAGUGCUAUGUCAGCCGUAGCCUUCAAACUGGCCAGGGAAAAGGCCAUCCUAGAUGGCCUAGGAUCCAGUGGAAAUAUUGUAAAAUACUUAAACCAGGAUUUUGAGGCCCUGAAAAGGCAAUGUUUGCAUUCUGGGACUCUCUUCAAAGAUGAACAAUUUCCUGCCUGCCCCUCUUCUCUUGGCUAUAAAGAAUUGGGACCUUAUUAUUCCAAAACUCAGGGGAUUAUUUGGAAACGACCCCAGGAACUGGUCCCAAACCCCCAGUUCAUUGAGGGAGGAGCCACUCGUACAGAUAUUUGUCAGGGGCUUCUGGGAGACUGUUGGCUUUUGGCAGCUGUUGCAAGUCUCACCUUAAAUGAAGCCAUUUUAGAGUGGGUUGUUCCCAAUGAUCAGAGUUUCCAGAAAGACUAUGCUGGGAUAUUUCAUUUCAAGUUUUGGCAGUAUGGAGAAUGGUUGGAUGUUAUUGUUGAUGACCGGCUUCCCACAAAAAAUGGACAACUAGUCUAUUUGCACUCAAAAGAACGCAAUGAGUUUUGGGGCGCCUUACUGGAGAAAGCCUACGCCAAAUUGAAUGGUUCUUAUGAGGCUUUGAUUGAAGGAACUUUGACAGAAGCUUUUGAAGAUUGUACUGGUGGGAUCUGUGAAUCGUUUCAUCAUAAUCCAGCUCCCGCUAAAUUGUAUCAAAUAAUCCAAAAAGCUUUGCAAGCUGGUUCAUUGUUGGGCUGCUUCAUUAAUACCAGUGAAAAAGUGCAAAAAACAAGUAAGCAGCUGUUCUCACACCAUGCUUAUUCUGUUACUGGAGCAGAAGAGGUUACUUACCGUGGCCACCUGGAGGAAUUAAUCAGAAUCAGAAAUCCAUGGGGUGAUCGUGAAUGGACAGGAGCCUGGAGUGAUAAUGCCCCGGAAUGGAAGUAUAUUAAUCCUAAACAAAGGAAUACUCUGCAUAGGCAAGCAAUUGAUGGAGAAUUUUGGAUGUCCUUCUCAGAUUUUAAGAAGCAAUUUACAAAUCUUGAGAUCUGCAACUUGUCUCCAGAUCCUCUGGCCUGCAAUCAAACUCGUAAAUGGAACAUGAAACUAUUCCAUGGAACCUGGCAAAGUGGUUCUACAGCUGGUGGCUCCCCAAAUUAUCCAGAAACAUAUUGGACCAACCCACAGUUUAAAAUGAAAUUGGAAGAGCCAGAUGAUGAUCAGGAACCAAGUGCAUCUGAGCCUUGUUGCACGAUGAUAGUAGGUUUGAUGCAGAAAAAUCGCAGACGACAGAAGAUGAAGGGGGAAGAUUGGCUCAACAUUAGCUACUCCAUUUAUCAGAUGCCCAAAGAGUUAGAAAAUCAAGUUAAUGUUCAUCUAAGCAGAGAGUUCUUCUCAACAAAUAAACCUGUAGUUCAUUUUGGCCGAGAGGUCUGCUCGCGUGAAGCAUCAAUUCGCUUCCACCUGCCACAGGGAGAAUAUCUUAUUGUGCCAUACACCUCUCAGCCUUCGCAAGAUGGACAUUUCUGCCUUAGGAUCUUCUCUGUGAAACAGAUUAAAGCUCAAGAAAUUGGGGACACUGCCACUGCUAAUCCAUAUGAGCCUCAAGUUACAGGCAAGGAUAUAGACAACGAAUUCAAAAGUCUGUUCCAAAAGCUUUCUGGGGAGGAUUGUGAACUGACUGCUGAUGAACUUCAGACUAUUUUGAAUAGAGUCAUAACAAAAAGAAUAGACAUUAAAAGUGAUGGAUUCAACAUAAACACCUGCAGGGAGAUGAUCAGUCUCUUAGAUAAAGAUGGAAUCGGUACCCUGGGACUUGUAGAAUUCAAGAUCCUUUGGAUGAAGAUUCAGAAAUAUCUGGAAAUCUAUAAAAAAGUAGAUACGAACUGUUCUGGAACCAUAGAUGCACGUGAAAUGAGAAAUGCUCUCAAGGAAGCAGGUUUCACUCUCAGUAACAAAAUCCAGCAAAGUAUAAUUAUUCGUUAUGCCUGCAGCAAGCUGGCCAUUGACUUUGAUGGCUUUGUGUCCUGUAUGAUUCGUCUAGAAUGCUUGUUCAAAAUGUUUCAGAUACUAGAUAAGGAUAAGGAUGGAACAGUUCAGCUUUCUUUGACAGAGUGGCUGUGUUGUGCAUUGAUUUAAAGCAUUAUUUUUGGCAAUCAUUUGGAAACCGGACAAACGUAUCAUUCCACCAAGAAGUUUCUGAGAAAAAGCUGAUUCCAUGACCUUCUAAAAAUAUGAGGAAUUAUGCAAGACUCUAGUGUAUAAUUUAAAAUGAUCAUAAAAUAAACAAUUAUGCAUAGAAAAAAUAUUUUAUAGCAAGCAUAGCCACAUUAGCAGCUUUGAUUUAAUGAAUAAUAUAUGUUAUGAAAUCUAUGUUUCAAAACUGCGAUUAAAAUUGAAUUCAUCUCUAAUUUUAUUUCUAUAUAAAAAUAAUUCAUCUGCUUACAUUUUGUACCUAUCAGAAAGCUGUAUGUCUUGCCUAAGAAUAGAAACUGAUUUAUAAAAUAUCUAGUAUUUCUAUUUUCCAAAAUGGGAGAUCAUCCAUCCUGGAGGAGAAGGAAGAUGAAAAUUAAAUGAGUUGGAGAAUAUCAUGGGCUUAGGGCCAGAACAGAUAGCCUUACCCCAAAGCAUAAAUAAUUGGUAAAAGUCUAAUGUGAAGUUUAGUUAAAAAUACUGAAAUAUAUGAAACAAAAUGGAAGAGACCUGAACGGGCCAGUAGAUUAGAAUAACCCUCAAACUGAGACUGACUUUCCUAACAACAAGAACAAUAACAAUAUAGCACAAUAGUGCUAGAACUUAAAGGGUAAUGAGAAUUAAGAAAGAUUCUAAAAAAAAAAAUCCUACUACUUAAGCUACUUUUUGGCUAAUCAAAAACCAAAAGAAUCCCAGUAAGUUGUGGAAGGGAAGCAAAUUAAAUUAUCCCAUUAGGUCUCUUCACAAGAAGAACCAAGGAAUUGUGCAAAGGAAAGCAUAAUUUAAAAACCUGUUUAAUACAGCAGGUUAAGACAGCUACCAGCAAAUCACAGAUACAAAUAACUCUUACUAGGAGAAUCUAUUAAAAUGAACAAAGCCACAUAAACCAAAUCAAAUCUUUGUAAUGAUAAAAAGCAGCAUAAGGACAGUGGCACAUAGCAGUGGUGGGUUCCACUUACCUUUACUACCAGUUUGCAACUGUGACCGUGCUUGCAGUGCUUCUGCGCAUGCAUAGACCGUGAUGACGUCUGGGCGGGUGGGCAAGCCUGCUGCUGCUACUAGUUCUGCUAAUCUGCUAAUAAUACUGCUAAUUGAUUCAUCCCAGCUUACCUUAUUACAGGGGCAUUUUGAUUUGAAUGAACAUUUACCAAUCAUCAUGUGAAAUAAAAUAUAAUAUCCUUCUCAUA